UAUGAACUCACAAUUCUAUAACAUUGCUUUAAAUUUUUUGUCUGGUAUUACUCUUUUUAUCGUUCAUCUUUUUUUAUUUUAUGAAUUCAUAUUGAUCACUGAAGAUGGAAGCCAGCAGGGGGCGACAGUGAAGCAGGUGAGUGAUUAUAAAGACUGGUUAUUCGGAUUCACAUCACACCAGUUCCCGUAAGCUACUCUACAUCCAAAAGCCUCUCAUCUGCGCAUGCGUACAGGUUAAUGUGUUUCUGCUGCAUCUCUGAUGGAUUUAUGUUUUUUUUUUAUUUUUCUCUCUUGGUUGCGUCUGUCUGACUCCGGGUCUGGUUUAGGUUAGGGUCUCUCUCGCGUUCUGAUUGGCUAAAAAAUGAAGGGUUUGUUUUUCACCACACCCGAUGAUAAAUCUUAUUCUAGUGGUUUUUUCUGCUGAUCAGACUGAGGCGCACAGACAGGACGCUGCUGGAUUACUUUUUUUCUAAUUUCCUUUUUUUCGAUCCUAAAUUCAAUUUAAGUAUAACAACUUUAUUACUCCAGGCAGAAAUCUUUGGUGGAACUUUUAUUUUACCUCAGAGGAGAAAAAACGCCCCCAAAAAGUGCAUUUUUAAGUUUUCUAUUAAAUAAUCGUUUUAAGUCAACAGACAACAUUUUGAUAAAUAAGGUUCCAAAAAAGAACAGGAGAGAUUUUUACACAUUUGAAUUGCACUUUUUGGAACAGUAAUCGUUUUUUCCGGCUGACUCCAGCGCGUAAAGACGCACGGCGGCUCCAUGGCGCUCAUGUGCAGACAGAUCACGGGCAGCGCGGCGAGCUGCGCAGGCUGGGUGGGAAUCAUCGUCGCCACGGCCACGAACGACUGGGUCCGGACCUGCGACUACACGGUGGCUACGUGCGUGCGCAUGGAGGAGCUGGGCUCACGGGGACUAUGGGCGCAGUGCGUAAUCUCUCCUGCGCUUUAUCACUGCGUGGCGCUCAACCAAAUCCUCAGCUUGCCAGCCUACAUCCAGACGUCCCGUGCUCUGAUGAUCUGUGCCUGUCUGCUCGGUCUCCCUGCGAUGUUACUCGUGCUCAUGUCGAUGCCCUGCGUCAGGCUGCAGAAUGACACCAUCACCGUUAAGCAGCGCCGUGCAAGGGUGGGAGGAGUUCUCUUUAUUCUCAUGGCCGUCUGUGGCGUCAUAUCCACCAUUUGGUUCCCGAUCGGCGCCCACCAGGAUGACGGCCUCAUGUCGUUUGGUUUCUCCCUGUAUGCCGGCUGGGUCGGCACGGCCCUCUGCCUCCUGGGCGGAUCUGUGAUCUUGUGCUGCUUCGGCGUCGACCCUGGGACCCCGAGCAGGGACAACAGCUUCUAUUAUUCCAGACAGCGGGGCACGGCCACACCGCUGGACCCACCUGCCAACCACGCCAAGAGUGCUCGAGUGUAAAGGUCAAUUAUAGACUGUAGAGAUCAUCAUAAAUGAGUGUGGAUUUUCUUUUUCUACAUUUAGCUGAGUUAUAUGUGAGAAUGAGUCAUUAAAUUUGUGCAUAAUCAUCUUUAGAGCUUUGUCCAACUGCAGCCAGGAGUCAAAUAGAGAACGUAGAACAUCAGUGAGGAAGAAAUCAAAUUAAAAAAAAUGAAGUUGAGGCAUGGUGACACCAAACUUUGUAAAUCACCAGUCGUAUCAGGAACUUGACCCAAAUUUUGUGACUUUUGUCUUUAAUUUGUAUUACAACAAACUAAAUUACCAUGUCUGUUUAAUUUUUUUCCUUUAGCCUGGAGAUUUACUCGCUGGUUCACUGUGCAUUUGCAUACACAUCCAGCUGCAUUAUAAGCAUUUUUAUAAAAUCACCCCAGAGAGCUCAGGCUGCAAAACACUACCUGACGCAUUGGAUGUAAACUAUAAACAUGGGGACAGUGAAUAUGGUGAUCAUUUCAAGCUCAAAACUAACAUAAUAUUAAAAUUGAUAAUCAAUAGUAACAACAGAUCAGCUAAGACUGUUACUUGAUUGUCAGAACACACCGUUGGCUCUUGGUUUCUCCAACAUUUUCCUUCAUGCAUGGACCUAACUGCUCCAGUGUUUUGCUUUAAUUAGUGAUCACAUUAACCAGUGGCUUCAUUCCUAGAUGUGGUUGUUACAGCAGCGGAUGAAAACAGAAAGAGCGCUUUGUUAGAUAUAACAGCCAUGGAUGCACCUCACCUGAAGUCACCAGUUAACAUGGUCACCCAAUGAACGAUCACACCAAUCGUAUUUCCAUCAGCUACAAAUUUAAAAGUUCAACCUCUAAGACAGAAUUUGUCUGUCCCAGCUCCUUUGACAGGCAUAUCAGUGUCUUCAAAGGGAAUAUGACACGCUGUAGAGAUGUGAAGAGUAGUGUUCUGAAGCUACAUGUGAGUACUGAUGUAGUCACAUUCAGUCUACCCAAUGCCCCAUCAGACGUGUGCAUACUUCAUCUUGCAUCUGCGUAGCAUUCAUUUUUGAGGAUGUGCACUAUCCCCACAUCAAACUGUCACAGGGUAUGUGUGGCAGCCAUCACACAUGCAUAGUUAACCACAAGUUUAUCUCUGGGCUAAGUUUAACUUUUGCAACUACAAAAACCUUUAAAUAUGCCCCUAUCAAAAAUACCCACAGCUUUUUGCCCCAGAAACUCUUAUGAAUGGAACUACCAUGUUUACAUAUGUGAUACUGCUGAAAAUGCAGGUAUUGGUAUUGGCAAAUAAACGUUUAUCUACCGGUACAACACACUUUUGUGUAACUUUAUGUUUUGCUUCAUUUAGCCAUGCUACAUGUAAGCAUUAAAAACCAAACCUCAUCGCCUGUGUAAGCCUCAGGCAGAUUUGAAAUGAAAUUGGUCUAUAGAAUAUUUGUUUCACCAUCUAUCCCCGCCCUUUUCUUUCUAAGCGUCGCCCACAUUUCCAAGCAACCAAAAACCCAAUACAAAUUUAAUUCUCAAGUUUGAGGCAUCUUGCCAAUACUUUUCCCAUCAUCUUUUAAAAAGUGUGUUUUCAGCGUAAAACUUUCUUUACGUAUGUAAAUAUCAUAAUACCCAUCACUUUGAUCAAUCUUAACAAAAUGUCAAGCCUUGGAAUCUUUUUAAUGUGAUGUGCAUCAAAAAUAUGAACUUUCUUGUUGCAUGCCCCUCUUUUAGGUAAUUAACAAACUUGCUUACAAAACUUUGAAUGUUUUAUUACAUAAAUCAUAUCCAGAAGGCCUUUGCACCCCAUUUAGACAUGCAUUCAAAGAGAUUUACAGUAUAUCUGUUUUGGGCAUUCAGAUACCAAGUGUGAAUCCUUAAUGCUUUAUGUGGAUGCACCUUAAUGUGUACUGAAAACAGUUUGAUAUCUGAUAGCUCAGACCGCACACAGAGGUGGUCUGGGAUGACUUCAUCCAGAUUGGAUUGGUUGUGAAGUCACAACCUGUACUGGCAUUAAAGACCACCCAGUCAGCUGCAUAAUCUGCUGUAUUCUGAUAGUAAACAUAGAGCAUAGCCUUAUUUUUAUCUAUAAACAAACGAAGUUGAAUUAUUUACCUCCAUGUAGCCUCGCUCAAAGUGAUGGGAAAUGCAACUCUGUCGAGUUCUGGAUAAUUUGUCUCAGCUUAGUAAUAAGAGUCAGCUCCCAAAAAGCUCCUCAUUUGGUACUAUUUUGGCUUUUUAUGUCUUUGAAACAAAUUCUUUAAAAAAAAAAAAACCUCCCUCAAAUAGGAGCCUGCUCUUAGAGCAGACUUGUUUUUGAAAGUCAUACCACUCCCUCAAUAUCUGUCAUCUUGAACUAUGGUUUAUUCUGAAUAGUAUAUCUGCAUGUCCUUUGAAAGUAUGUUUAUAACAACAUGAGGGAGAAAAGCUGUUAAAGAGGCACUGCUAGCCUCUUAGCUCAUGGCUAAUCCCCCCCCCCCCUUCCAUUCUUAUCAGAGGCAGCUUCACUGCACACUGCACAUGUAGGGAUACCAAGCCAUGAUGAGAGAGCCACAGAAACGAUGUAUGAACAAGAGGAGGAACAGUGAGUUCUGAUAUCAGAUUGCCACUUAUAACUUGCAGAGCAUGGAUUCACAAACCAAAGUUCAGCCAAAACAUAUCAUUAAUUCAAAUAUCAACAGGGCCUUUUUUUUUAAUCAGUUUGCCUUCCUUUUUUCAGACACAUUUUUGGUCUGUUAGUGUUUGCCUAAUUACAACACGAUAAGCUUCAUAAAUCAGGAAACCACAGAGGAUCUUUUGAAAGCAUAAAAGUCAGCUUUGCUGAGUAGAUCCCCUCAGUGGGGGUCCUCGUGGUCAGAUUUGUGCUUCUAGAAUCUUAAUGUGUAAAUAGCUUUUUUUUCAGCCUUACACAGCUGUUGAGCUCUACUCCAACAGGUAGAGAAAUGUGCUGAAAGAGCUCUAAGCUCCAUCUACAACUGCAUACAACUGAAGUAAAUCCUGUUCUUUCAUGAGGAUUACAUGAGGAUGAUACUGUCCUGAGUGAAAAGCAGCACCUAAAUGUGACUUUAUAGAUGCAUAUAGAAAGUUUUCUGUCUUCUAAUGUUUACUUUUGGUGAUUUGAAUAUCUUUUUCUUGCAUUUACAUUUUGUAUGUUAUUUUGAUGAUUCCCUGUCUUUAAAUUGCAUGAACACAUUUCUGUUGUAUUACUAGAAACACAUAGAUGCAAUAUUUUCUGCUUUGUAUUACCUGCCUGUUUUAAACUGUAUAGCUUUUAUGCAUAUUUCUCAGUAUUUACCUUCUAAUCUGUAUUAACAUGUACCUGUAUUGUGAGAUUUUUUGACUGUGCUAGCAGUAAUAACGUUUUUAAAUAAAUCUCAAAAUAAAUGAAUAAAAAAAUCCA